CACACAUGUUACUCUGAAUGCAUCUUAAGCGGAUAGAAACAAUUCAAGAAAAACGUGAACUGAGUCAUAUUAACGCAACAGUUGAGAGGUCUUUUGAAUGUUUGCUUCUUCCAUGCUAGAGAGUUUCACAUGAUUGUUUUAACGUUUUGUUUAUUCAUUUUGAGAAUAAGUCUAGUCACUUCAGGAAACUUUGAUGAGCUCAUUCUCAUCGAUCAGCCCGAGUUGUUAUCAAGAAUACCAUCCAGCCGGUCGUGGGAUCUGAUUCUUCAAAACCCUUAUGAGGGUGCAGUGGAAAUUUCUGAAUCACCUGUAGAUCAAUUCCAAAUACUUAUAAACAUAAGUGGUAACCAACCAAAUGAUCACGAGAAACUGAAAUAUCGUCUGAGAAGUACAGAAGAUUCACUUUUUGUUGAACUG